UCCGCCGCGCAUUAUCGGGUAUCUUUUCUCCUUUACUCUUCAUCCGCGAUUGCAAUCCCCUUCCCUCCCUUUUUUUUUCGUACCCGCCAACCCUUACUCCUUCAAUUGACUUUGUUUUGCCAGCUUCUCUUUCUUUUGUAUUUCCUUCGCUUCCUCGACACGCCUAUUUCGCACAUCCUUUUUUUUUUUUUUCCUUCUCGGAUAUUUCAAUCCUCCCUGGCCAUGAAGGCAGUCCCUUCAGCAUCCGGGCGAAUUCACAGUCCAGACAAGAUCUGCUCCUGCUGCAGUGGUCUCAAUUGCAAUAACGACCAAGGGAACAGGAAUGAUAAUGACAACGGCAGCAACAACGACAACGACGACAAGGGGAAUCCGGUAGAGAAUGCGAACGAGCUUCCUCUUCAAGGGCCAACUCUUUCUUCUUCAGCAACACCGACGCCGACCUCAACCCGACAGUGGAACGACGGGUCAAUGGUUCUCCGCGAUCCAUUAUUGGACAUGUCUCGCAAACCUCUGACGCCCUUCUCCAUGUCCGAGCGAUACGAAAGCACCGCCUUCAACAGAACCCUCGACUGUCGCGAACUGCCACCUUCUUGGGCUCCAACCGGAGGAGUAGCCACGCCGUCCGACAGGACUUCAAGCGCCUUUGCUGUCGCCGCUGCUUCUGCCAAUACGACAGCAACACCUACUCGUCCAGACGUCUUCACGUCGCGCUUUCAAUCACCACUGCCGUCUAUGAGCACUCAUCGAUCAACAGACAUCAACAGCUGUCGUGGAUUCGACACUUCGAUGACUGGGAGGAGAUUGUCGACGCUGCAUCAGCAGCUGCAAAGAUCAGCAACACCCAACUCUGGAUACUCUAUCCCGGACGCCAGCGAACCGGGCGUCUUCAUCAGCAGUGAUGCCCCCGCGGGCUAUCAACAGAGAGCUGGACAACGGAGGAUGAGCUCACCUUUCAAUCCAGACAUUAAAUUCGACGUAAAGAACCCAGGCAGCAGCGGCGUCAAUGCGUCCACCUCUUUGUCUUCGUCCUCUCCAUACCAUACCGAACCGCGCGAGGGUCCAACCAUGCCUUUGCCCCGCCUUGGCCUCCACAGCAACCACAGCAACCACAGCCACGCAUUAACCCCUCACGGAACAGGGUCUGGAGGUCUCUUGACAAAUACGCCCGUCUCCUCGAUGCGCCUUCAACCUUUCUCAACAUCGGCCUCUGCGCCGGCGCAAACAACACGAGGCGGCAGGGUGUUUUUGUACCAGACCAACCAAACCGAAGCCGUCGAAACCGAAACGGAUCCGGAUGCACACAGUGGGAUCAUCAUGGCGUCUCCUGGACCGGCUCUUUUCCCUUCUGGAGGGGGCAGUUUUUCGAGUCAUGGGUAUCAUCGCCUGAGUGACUUUUUGAGAGCUCUUCUCUCCCACUCGUUUGUCUCUCGACUCUAUUCACAGCGACCUCAGUUCUUCAGCGUCGCCCACCUCUCUUCCUCCUCGGUCUCUUCCUCCUGGUCGGCAAUCAGGUAUGAGGGGUUCUUUUUUUUUCGUUUUUCAUGUGGUAAAAAGGAAGAGGGGAAAGAGAAAGCAGGGGAGAUGCAAUGCGCACUCCCCCCUGUCUCCCAAAUGUCUGUGGUGAAGUGGUUCGUCCGCAGAACGAUAAUGCGAAAAAAGGAAAAAAAAAAACUGACCCUGAACAAAACAAAAAUUGUCAUUUGAUCAUAAUAACAUUUUAGGAUCGUGAAUACGUGCUAUCUGCUCUAUCUCAUCCCCCUCACCUCCAUCACCAUCGGGCGCCUUCUAACAACAGAAGUG